AUGCUUACGACGACCAAUAUUUACCUCCAAUAUUUACCCCUCUCCAAUAUUUGCCUCUCUCCAAUAUUUACCCCUCCAAUAUUUACCUCUAUCCGAUAUUUGCCUCUCUCCAAUAUUUACCUCUCUCUAAUAUUUACCUCUCUCCGAUACUUGCCUCGCACCAAUAUUUACCUCUCUCCGAUAUUUGCCUCUCUCCGAUAUUUGCCUCUCACCAAUAUUUACCUCUCUGAUAUUUGCCUCUCUCCAAUAUUUGCCUCUCUCCACUAUUUGCCUCUCUCCGAUAUUUACCUCUCUUCGAUAUUUACCUCUCUCCAAUAUUUACCUCUCCCCGAUUUUUACCUCUCUCCAAUAUUUGCCUCAUUCCGAUAUUUGACUCUGUCCAAACCAAGUAAAAAUGCAUCUCUGUUUCUUACCCUUGUUGACAACCAUACAUUCCAUCUUCUUAAAAUUGAUGGUUAG